GUAACAGAUCUAGCCGAGGCUCUGGAGGCAGGUGGCUGUGACCUGGAGACUGCAAGAAAUAUUAUUCAAGGACGACCUGUUCCUUCAGAUCUCAGGGCAAAAGUGUGGAAGAUUGCACUUAACGUGGCAGGAAAAGGAGACAGUCUAGCAUCCUGGGAUGAUUCUCUUGAUCUUCCAGAACAGCCUUUGAUUCACAGUGCUUGCAAAAAACUUAUAGACCAGCUUGUUGUGUCGGAAGACAGGAAAACAUCAGUCCUUCAAGAUGUUGAAUCUGUUGUUACUUUUUACUGUAAAUCCCGAAAUGUCAAAUACCAGGAAGAUGUCAGCUGGAUUCACCUCCUGCAACCAUUGGUGGACCUCAACUUACCACGUAGCGACUUGUAUAAUUGCUUCUAUGCAAUAAUGAAUAAGUAUAUUCCCAGGGAUUGUUACAAGAAAGGAAAACCAUUUCACCUAUUUCGUCUACUUCUUCAGUACCAUGAGCCAGAACUCUGUUCUUUUCUAGACACCAAGAAAAUCACACCGGACCUUUAUGCACUUAACUGGUUUGGAAGCUUAUUUGCUCAUCACUGCCCAGUCGAAGUCACUCAAGCGAUUUGGGAUAGUUAUUUACAGCAGGCAGACCCAUUCUUUAUGUACUUCUUGAUGCUGAUAAUGCUUGUCAAUGUAAAAGAUGCUGUUCUGGCAGAAGAAAUGGAAAGUAAAGAAGAGCUUAUAAAAUUCCUGGAAAGUCCUCCAACGAAUUUAGAGGUUGGAGACAUUGAAGACCUGUUCAGUUUAGCUCAGCAUUACUACAAUAAAACUCCUGUGUCUUUCCGUAAGGAUAACCAGAACCUGUUUGGUAGCAGCCUCAUCGCUCUGAAAGAUGACACUGAUCUUAGCCAGGCUCUUUGCUUAGCAGUUUCUGUAUCAGAAAUUCUUCAAGCUAAUCAGCAAGAGGAGGGAGUACGGUUCUUUGUGGUGGAUUGCCGACCGGCAGAACAGUACAACUCUGGUCACCUAUCUACUGCAUUUCACUUAGACUCUGAUCUGAUGCUGCAGAACCCCGGAGAGUUUUCCCUGUCAGUGAAGUCUCUCUUGGAAGCUCAGAAGCAAUCCCUGGAGUCUGGCUCAGUAGCUGGAGGAGAACAUCUGUGCUUUAUGGGCAGUGGAAGGGAAGAGGAGGACAUGUAUAUGAAUAUGGUGCUUGCUCAUUUCUUACAGAAAAACAAAGAAUAUAUUAGUAUAGCCAAAGGAGGAUUUAUGGUGCUGCAGCAACAUUUGGCAGAUAUAAAUGUAGAUGGACCAGAUACUGGGUAUGGACACUGGAUUGUCAGUACGUCUGGCUCACGCACCACUAUGGGUUCCUAUGCAGAUGAUUCUCCUAAUGGUGUAGCUGAUGGGAGAGGUGUGAAAUCUUUGGUGAAUAAAAUGACAGUAGCACUAAAGACAAAAUCUGUGAAUGUGAAGGAAAAAGUGAUCAGCUUUAUUGAGAACACCUCCACUCCAGUAGAAAGAAUCACUUUCAAUCUUCCUUGGCCAGAGAGGGCGAGUUUGGAGCGACACAUCAGCAGCAGUGACAGAGUAGGAAAGCCGUACCGAGGUGUAAAGCCUGUAUUCAGCAUCGGAGAUGAGGAAGAGUAUGACACAGAUGAGAUUGAUAGCUCAUCUAUGUCUGAUGAUGAUCGCAAAGAGGUUGUUAACAUUCAAACAUGGAUAAACAAACCUGAUAUCAAACAUCACUUCCCAUGUCAUGAAGUUAAAGAAACCGGUCACAUGUUUCCAAGUCACCUUCUGGUAACAGCAACCCAUAUGUAUUGUUUGCGGGAGAUCCAGUCUAGGAAGGGAUUUGCAUAUAUACAGUCACGUCAAGCACUGAGCUCAGUUGUAAAGAUCACAUCUAAGAAGAAACAUCCAGAGCUGAUCACAUUUAAAUAUGGAAAUAGCAGUUCAACGGGAGUGGAAAUAUUAGCAGUGGAGAGAUACUUAAUACCCAAUGCAGGAGACGCUACCAAAGCCAUCAAACAACAGAUCAUCAAAGUUCUUGAUGCCUUGGAAAGCUAA